AAAUGCGUAUCAAGAAGCAUGCAAGCGAAGCUGCUGGAAGAACAAACGUUAUGUUUGUCUCGCCCAUAGACUUUCCUCAGAAUGUUCGCUACAUUCUUAUUGAAGAUACAUUUGCUUUUACCUGCAGAGUUGAUCAGCAAACUUCUCCGGGAGAUAUUGCUACAACACUAUUUCAUCGCCGAUUUGCAUCACUUUCUUUAGAUCAAGAUGUUCGUGUUCGUCCAUUUGAUCCGUUUAGAGAAAGCCCAAGCCCGUAUAUUAGCCAUUUUGAACUACAGAUCUGUUUUGCUCGUAAAGGAGCGGUUCAAGCCUCAGAGUAUUACGAUGUUGGAGAAAUGUCUUCUCAUUUUUUAAAAUUGUUUGACUCGCAUAUUUUUACGCUAAAUCAGGAGUGUUAUUUUGACUAUCACGGUCAAGAUAUUAUUGGAAAGGUAGUUCGAGUGGAACUUGUGGAUAUGGAAGCUUUAAAAUCUGGCGAAUCUAAGCAGGAUGCAUCUUUUGGUGCAAAUGCUCGUGGAGUGAUUAUGCAACAGACAUCUAUGCAUGUUGUCAAAAGUGCCGAUUCUUCCAUUCGACUUAAAGGCGGUGCACGAGGUGCUGCACCCAAUGCAAUUUUUAAGCCCAACUUUAAUUUUGCAGAGCUUGGAAUUGGUGGUCUUGAUGAUGAGUUUAGCAACAUUUUUCGUCGUGCAUUUGUUUCUCGAAUCUUUCCACCAGCCAUUGUUGAGCAGCUUGGUAUUCAACACGUAAAAGGCAAAAUUCUCGUGUUUAAUUCUAUGGUAUUAGGCAUUCUUCUUUAUGGUCCACCUGGUACUGGAAAAACGCUAAUGGCUCGUCAAAUUGGCAAAAUGCUGAAUUCUAAUGAGCCGCUUAUUGUCAAUGGACCUGAAGUACUCAACAAAUUUGUUGGUCAAUCGGAGGAAAAUAUUCGAAAAUUGUUUGCUCCUGCUGAAGCCGAGUACAAAUCAAAGGGUGAAGAGAGCUCUCUUCACAUCAUCAUUUUUGAUGAAUUGGAUGCAAUCUGUAAACAGCGUGGUUCCAAAAACGAUGGAACUGGUGUGGGUGACUCGAUUGUCAAUCAGCUACUUUCCAAAAUGGAUGGUGUUGAUCAACUCAACAAUAUUUUGAUUAUUGGAAUGACAAAUCGGCUGGAUAUGAUUGAUGAGGCUCUUCUUCGACCCGGUCGUCUUGAGAUCCAUAUGGAGAUUCACCUUCCUGACGAAAAGGGGCGUUUACAAAUUCUCAACGUUCACACUUCCAAGAUGCGUACCAACAAUCUGCUUGAUCCAUCGGUGGAUGUGGCCGAGCUGGCUGCUCUUACAAAAAACUUUAGCGGUGCUGAGAUUGCAGGAUUAAUUAAAAGUGCCAGUUCUUUUGCUUUUAAUCGCCACAUCAAGAUUGGCGACCAGGCCCAGGUUGCUCAAGAUUAUGACAAGAUUAAAGUUUGUCGUGACGAUUUUCUGCAUGCAAUUGAGGAAGUUCGUCCCGCGUUUGGUGUUUCCGAGGCCGAAUUACAACAAUGUGUCAUGAAUGGAAUUGUCAACUUUAGUCCCAAUAUUGAACGCAUUCUUGCAGAUGGACAGCUUGUCAUUGAGCAAGUCAAGAACAGUCAGCGUACUCCACUUGUGUCGGUUUUGCUACAUGGACCAACUGGUGCUGGUAAAACUGCCUUGGCUGCUACGAUUGCAAUGUCGAGCGAGUUUCCAUUUAUUAAACUCAUCUCACCCGAGUCUAUGGUUGGGUUUACUGAGAGUGCGAAAAUGGCACAGAUUACAAAGAUCUUCAACGAUGCAUACAAAUCGCCUGUCAGCUGCAUUGUUGUGGAUGCCAUUGAGCGUCUUUUAGACUGGGUUUCUAUUGGACUUCGAUUCUCAAACACGGUGUUACAAACUCUUUUGGUUCUACUGAAAAAACCACCUCCAAAAGGACACAAACUACUUAUUUUGGCCACUACCAGUCAGAAAAAUGUUUUGGAGCAGAUGGAAUUGAUUGAUGCAUUCAACUCAUCGAUAUACAUUCCAAAUAUUACUCAUCUGCCCUCUAUUCAGCAUGUUCUCAUGGAACUUAAACCAUUCCCUGAUUACGACUGUAAAAAAGCCAUACAGUCUUUGCAGCAGUAUCUGAGUUCUUCUACCACGAACCCCAAGUUGUCCAUAUCGAUCAAAAAGCUGCUUUACAUUGCAGAGAUGGCAGGGCAGGAUGUUGACCACGCAGAGAAAUUUGUUCAAACAGUCACGGAAGAGUGUAUUUCGUUUAAAUGAAACCAGCCAGAUUGGAGUAUGUUUUUAUGGAAACCAAGAAGAGAUGAUUUUGAGCUGUAAGCGAUUGAGCGCAACCUUUUCUAUUGAAUUUUCAGAUGGAAUUAAACUUGACCGAUUCAAGUGAAUUCGAUGUGAUUUGAAUAAAAUGAAUCGAAUUUUUUAUUGGCUG